GUGUGUGUGUGUGUGUGUGUGUGUGUGUGCCUACCUCGACCCACAGCCCAGAGCCUGAAUAACAGUAGAAGGAAAAUGGACGGAGUGGGUUCAUUUGGUGCUGGGAGAGCCGGGGCUGCGUUCGACCCUGUUGCCUUUCUCCAACAGCCGCAGACCAUCCUUAGAAUAUUAUCAUGGAUCUUCUCAAUGGUAGUGUUCGGAUCCAUAAUAAAUGAAGGCUACGUCAACCAUGGCAGUCAGAGGCUCUAUUGCGUUUUCAACAAGAACAACAAUGCCUGCAACUAUGGAACCACCAUUGGGCUCAUAGCAUUUCUAGCAUGCAUUUUCUUCAUUAUCCUUGACAUGAAGUUCCAACAAAUCAGCAGUAUUAAAGACAGGAAGAAGGCAGUGAUGCUGGACAUUGGGUUUUCAGGCUUCUGGGCGUUUUUGUGGUUUGUUUGUUUCUGCUUCUUGGCCAACCAGUGGCAGCGCACCACCCCAGAUGAGCUGCCCUUAAACCAGGGAGCGGAUGCUGCAAGAGCUGCCAUUACCUUCUCCUUCUUCUCCAUCUUCACCUGGGCUGGUUUGACCGUGAGAGCGGUGCAGAAGUACAUGCUAGGGACCGACAUGAGUCUUUUCACCACAGAGCACGUGGACGGCAACCCGCCCGUCCAGCCCUACCCCACCGUCACAAGCACCGAGCCCAAUGACACUUACCAGAGCCCACCCUUCACCGAAAACCUGGACUCCAACGCCCCAACCUACCAGGUGCCAAUUUACUGAAACGGUGCCUAGCAGAAGUCCACUGUCGGAG